UUUUUUUUUUUUUUUCAUAAAAUAAACUUUUAAUAAUGGCAGAAACAGAGCAACCAGAGCAACAAAGAAACAACAAAAGAUUUAGAAAAGAUAAACCUUGGGAUACCGACGACAUUGAUCAUUGGAAGAUUGAAGAAUAUAAACCAGAAUUUACUUCACAGCCAUUCACAGAAGAAUCUUCAUUUGCAACAUUAUUUCCUAAAUACAGAGAAGCUUAUUUGAAAGAAUGCUGGCCACUGGUUACAAAAGCUCUUGAGAAAUGGGGAAUUGCAUGUGUUUUAGAUUUGGUGGAAGGCAGCAUGACAGUAAAGACAACAAGAAAGUCUUGGGAUCCUUAUUCAAUUAUUAAAGCAAGAGACCUUAUAAAGCUAUUAGCAAGAAGUGUACCUUUUCCGCAGGCAGUCAAAAUUAUGGAGGAUGGAAUUGCUUGUGAUAUCAUAAAGAUUGGAAACAUCACUCGUAACAAAGAAAGAUUUGUAAAGCGUAGACAAAGAUUGAUUGGACCUAAUGGUUCAACUCUGAAAGCCAUUGAACUCUUGACAAAAUGCUAUAUGAUGGUUCAAGGUAAUACAGUUGCUGCCAUGGGUCCAUAUAAGGGACUUAAGGAUCUUCGUCGUAUUGUGAUUGAUUGUAUGAAGAACAUUCACCCUAUUUAUCACAUAAAAGAACUCAUGAUUAAGCGAGAGCUUGCAAAGGAUCCUAAACUGGCAACUGAAUCCUGGGAUAGAUUCUUACCCAAGUUCAAGAAGAAGAAUGUUAAAUCAAAGAAGAAGGUUAUCGAGAAACCAAAGAAAGAAUAUACACCAUUCCCUCCAGCACCUGUCAAAUCAAAGAUCGAUUUACAACUGGAGAGUGGCGAGUAUUUCUUGAACAAGGAAAAGAAUUCAAAGAAGAGAAAGUUAGAACAAUAAAAUAUAUAUUAUGCCACACAAA